CUUACCAGUAUCAAGGCCGUGACUUCGUUUCAGACAACCGUUUACCUCUCUCACUAUACCGCGUUUCCAUUUACAUCUUCAUACAUAGCUCACGUCAUUUUCUACCAUAACAUGGGUUAAACAAUUAUUUACCACACGGAUGAGACCCGCCUUCACUAACACAGCUCUUGUACUACUAGGUAGCACCUAGUAACGCGCUGCAAUGGCAGCCGGAAUAGACAUCCCAGGGCUCAACAAAUAUAUCCCUGCUGGAUGUCUCAAGCUAUCCGUAGAUGGUACAGGUAUCAUACUACCACCUGAAUUCUUGGGAGACUUAAAACCACAGAUAUGGAAGUUUUUCUCUCGUGGCCUUGAUGAUAUCCCGGAACCUAUCUGCCUUCCAGGCCAAGCACAGGAUGCACUUCUCAGGCUACCUCUAUUACAACCAUUCAUAGUAUUAUGGCAGAGUCGUUGGAUCCAGAUGUCUUUUGGGCUCGCCUCCGAUCUCACUAGCAGCGGUCGCAUCCGAGUUUACAUCCUCCCUCAAGAUGUUGACAGAAGUAUUAUCGAGUUCAAAAAUGAUCUUUCGAAAGUGAUAUCAUUUCUCAUAUCACAGCUGGAUUUCUCAUCAAAAUCAUGGAAUGGCGAAGAAGAUAAUCACGAAGAGCCAGGACCCCAGAGUGACCACCUACUCGAUGUGGAGCACACGUCCCUAUUAACCAUGUUCAACAGUGUCCCUUCUCCAAAUCCUCUCCCCGAGCUGGAAGCUUACCUUGACACCCGCGACGGGAUGCAAUGUCUGCUAGAGAGUCAGGUUCCUGGGCUUACCACGAAGCUUUAUCCUUAUCAAGGUAGAUCGGCAGCACUUAUGCUCCAACGCGAAGAAAGUCCUGGCAGGAUUAUUGACCCCCGCUUUCGAUCGGUACUCGAUCAAGAGGGACGACCUUGGUACUAUGAUGAUGUCUCGGGCAUGGUUUUGAGAGAACCUAGAUACUAUGAUGGGGUGCGGGGUGGAAUUCUAGCUGAAGAAAUGGGCACCGGAAAGACUCUCAUCUGCCUGGCCCUCAUCCUCUGUACAAAAAGCGAACCGACAAAAGUUCCAGAACCAUUUGUUGCUGAAGUGCCUCCCAGACUGAAAAUCGCAAGCUUGCUUGACAUGGCUGCAGCCACAGCGAAUAAGCAUUCUGUAGCAUGGAAGCCCUAUUUCGAGGCAUCUGCUGCCCAGUUUGGUUUUGAGUACCAGAACUGCAUAGAUGCCUUGACUCGACCAGAGAACCGUGCAAUAUAUAAGAUACGGAAUGCCUUAGUUGAGCCAAGAAGAAGUAACAGAACCGCGCCUCGUAUCACGCCACCUAAAGAAGUGUAUCUGAGCCAUGCUACGCUCCUUAUUGUUCCUAACAACCUUGUGAAACAAUGGCAGAAUGAGAUCAAGAAACAUACAACCGGUUUAAACACUCUUGUACUCGUAGACAGGAAAGCAAUCCCGCCGCUCACCUCACUGUUAAAUUAUGACUUGAUCCUCUUUUCUGAGAGUCGUUUUGAGUGGAUCCAGAAAGAGAAUAUGGUCAUAGGGGGUUCGAUUUCGGAUUUUUAUUGUCCCCUCAAUUAUAUUCGAUUCAAGCGGUGCAUUAUCGACGAAGGCCAUAAGCUGGGAAAUAAUAGUAGAAGCUGGAAGAAUGAUGUUAUGAGAGUUCUCGACCGUCUUGAGAUUGCUGCCCGAUGGGUCGUCACGGGAACUCCUUCGAGAGGUCUCUACGGCGUCGAACAACAACAAUCUUCUGAGACAAGAACUGCGGCUAGCAAUGAGGGUGCAAAGGUGAGGAUGCAGUCCACCUUACGGCAAGAACGGGAGGAUCUACAGAGAAUUGGUAACCUUGUGGCAAAGUACCUCAAGGUUCGCCCGUGGGCCAACACGAAGGACGAGGUCGGUGAUAGUGUAGCGGAUUGGAACACAUACGUAAUGCAUCAGAAGCAGCACUCUAAGGGCCACAAUCGCAAAGAUUGUCUGAGGACGGCUCUGAACUCACUGAUAAUUCGCCAUCAGCUUUCAGAUAUUAGCACACUGCUUCCCCCAGUCGAAGAAAAGAUCGUGCUACUGGAUGGCUCGUAUCAAGACAAGCUAUCCCUGAAUCUGUUUUCGAUGAUGAUCAUAUUCAACUCGGUGCAGUCGCAGCGGACAGACAUGGAUUACUUCUUCCACGAGAGGCAGCGUAAGAGUCUUGGCCAACUCGUUAGGAACUUAAGACAGGCCUGCUUCUUUGGCGGCGUGUUUUACUCAGCUGAAGAUAUUGCGAAAGCAUUGGAGACUGCAGAAGAGUUUCUUGAGAAGAAGGAUAUUCCUAUCAGUAACGAGGACGUCGACCUACUGACACAAGCAAUCGACUUCGGUAAAAUUGCCGUAAAGAACCGGUUGAAAGACGUAAGCAACAAAUUCCACGCCAUGCCUCUCUAUAUAAAUAACUUUCCUGGGGGCAGCGGAAAGAACUGGUCACUUGAUGAUUCCGGGGCCGAUGGCCAGCUAAUUUGCACUGAUGCCGGGAUGAUACAUGCAUUGCAGAAGUUUUUGAAUCCCUGUAUUGACGCCCCGACAUCUCUGCAGCUGAUGAUAGAAAGUGGUCGACUUGAUCAGCAAGGUGCGGCCGAGCGUUCUCAAGCCUUGAUGGCAGCAAUGGAUGCUUCCGGUUAUGUUGCGACGCAGCAUAGCCAGGCUUCGGCGUUAGCGGGAAACACCGCACUUGGGGGUGAUUAUCAUGCGAUACCGAAAUCAGGUUCACUAGGGAAGAAGACGCAACCGCUCAACGAGGACGCACAAGGCGUCGGAAUGGGGCUAGCGGGCCAUAUUAAGGUCGCGGAGCCUUUAGCCAAGACGGCAAUUAUCUCGACUGUUUCGGCCAAGCUCUCCUAUCUCAUUGAUUCCAUCGUCAAGUAUCAAGGCGAAGAGCAGAUUAUUGUUUUCUAUGACAACGAAAAUGUUGCAUAUUACUUAGCCGGUGUGCUGGAUAUUUUACAAAUUCACUAUUUAAUCUACGCAAGAGCUGGUCUCAGUGCAGAGAGAAGAGCGCAAUACGUUGCUACGUUUACACACAACCAGAAGUUUCGAGUUCUUCUGAUGGAUAUAAGCCAAGCCGCAUUUGGUCUCGAUAUGCGGUCUGCCUCGCGGAUCUACUUCAUCAGUCCAGUAUUAAACCCACAGGUCGAGGCGCAGGCUAUCGGAAGAGCGCGACGAAUUAGCCAGCAAAAGCCGGUGUCUGUUGAGACGCUCGUUUUGCGAAACAGUAUCGAGGAAGUUAUUGUGAAUCGUCGCAAGCAAAUGACGCACGCCGAGCAUAGCAAAGUGAAGUCAAUCUUGGACGACAGACUUAUAUAUCGGUGGAUCUUGAAUGCAAAAAUAGUACCUUUGCCUGACGAAGAAGAUGGCGUCGCACAAACCGCGAUGUUAGAGACUCCCCAAUAUGUCUUUGGUAGAGGGUUUGGUCGCGAACUUCACCCGGAUGAGGGAUUGGUCACAGGUAGCCCAGAUGGGAAGACAAGGUCAGAUGCACCAAUAUCAACAGGCAAAACCGUACCCAUCCUAUUUCGAUUGAAUAAAGGCCUGAAACGGACUCAUGACCUGUCGUCGACGGUCAGCGACCCACUUGAUGAAAACACCGAGGCUGAGACCCUUGAGAGGCCAUCGAAACGUAACGCCAGAGUGACCUUCGCGGUUUAGAAGGAGUCAACAUUCCAACAUAUUUCUUAUUAUCAAAUGAGCUGGUCAGAACAUCCGGUAUUAGCAUUAUAGCAAUUUGAAAGGGAUAUACCACAAGAGAAUUGCUGGGAUUUAUUUAUUCACAUGCGAAUUCAAUAGGUACGAAGGGUUACAUUUUCGAGUCAAUAAACGUAUUGUUUAUUCACUACCAUAGUGUUAGCUUUAAGAGUUGAGUUUGACCUGCGAUACUUUACCUGAGGUACUUCCCGAGAUUAUUAAAUUAUUUAGCCUCCAAAGUACCUGGUACCUACACUGAAAUUAGCCCCUUUUUGGGGCGACCACGCUUACAAUUCCUAUAGGUAGCUGAUCAAUAAGAAGCCAAGCUAAAUGACACACAUCACAAUAUAGGAAAGCGCGUAAGACUGUCAGCUUGAUAGCACCCUCAAAGAGCUUAUUAUCUUAAUAUUAUUUCCAUGGCUCCGUCCAAGCC